AUGUUGUCAAAGGCUCUAGCAAAAGCAAAUGCAGCAGUUCAACUGGACAAUGCUCAGAACUAUGGCGCCGCGAGAGAAUCAUAUGUAGAAGCUUGCGAACUUCUACAACAUGUGCUUGCAAGAACAAAUGGCGAAGAUGAUAGGAAAAAACUAGAGGCCAUUCGACUUACGUAUACCAGCCGAAUAGAUGAACUGGAUGGUUUGGUACCCAUAGAAGCUCAGACUGACAAGGCACUUCCCGCCCGACCGGAGAGCGUCGAUGAAUAUGGAAUUCAGUUUGACUUUGUCGAUAAGGAGGCAGGAAAUCCUACAGCGGGGAGAACGAGUAGAACUGAGUCGCCUGCGGCUCGUCUACGUUCGCCCAAUCCGAACCAGGACAAACGUCCCCUUCAAUCAUCCUUCUCGAAGCCCCAGGCACGCCGAAACUUCGAGGGGGCCUCCCUUGACCUCAAAGCCCAGGGUACGGGCUACCUACCGGCUCCGUUAUCACCUCGAAGGCCAACUACCCCUUCUAAGCCGCCGACCCCCGAACCCAUCGUACGGCAAGAUUUCUCCUGGUCCGAACCGCAAGCCGCCGAGAAUAGCAUGAGGGGUCACAAGCGCAACCUCAGCCACGAAUCAGCAUCCUGGCUAGAUCCCAUUGACGAAUCGGGUGGUUCAGCUUCAUCCUCGGUUCACUCGAGGUCCUCAUCGGUAGGAGUAAGGAGGAAAUAUAUUCGCCAUCCUAGCGGCAAUACCGAGGCCGAGUUUGACGCCGCCCUGGACGCCGCCGUUGAAGCUGCAUACGACGAGGGUUAUGAACCGAUGGAAUCGUAUGAGAUAGGUUUUGAAGGUGCCCGUGAUAACAGCACUGACGUAGUGGUCAAUGCGAUGCGCAAAGUGGAGCUUGCAAAGGAGAGGGUCCGGCAGACUGAACGCGAAGCAGCGAUAGAGCUAGCCCGAGAACGAGAGCGCCAAAGGCAGAUGUCACUCGAUCCAGAACCUCAGACCUUCGGUGGUGACUUCUUCGACGCCAACGAUUCCGACGAAGAAGAGCGCGUUUUAGAGGAAAUGACAAGGAAAUAUGUGAUGGAAGACUUCUCUUUUAAUCAACAAUCCCAAGCAUCGCAAUCCAAGAUCCCCAGAGAAUCCGAUUCAAGCGGCGUCACGUCUCGAACGUGGCACAGCUCAGUCGGCUCCAACGCUCCGACAGCUACGACGGUAUUGUCGACAGUAACUGAGAUCCCACCAUCGGGACCUCUCUUCAAAUCGUCACAGCCGAUCCUCCCAUCCUCGCCGCCUUCGCAGCAGGUGUCACCCACAUCUGGAGUCCGUAAUCGCCGCCUCUCCGGGCAAAAUCCUAAGCAGCUCAAGAUCGAAACAUCGAAGCUAGGCGACCCGCCAAAUAUGCCUCCACCGUCCGCCUCACAGCUCAAAGCAUCCAGCGGUUUCAUUGCUCAACAAAGACAGGCGCUGUCAGCAACGUCGACGCGACCGGGACCCUUUUCCAUGCGUGCGCCUUCAUCGCCAGGCAGAAGUGCCAGCCCAGCGGAGAGGCUAGCCCCUCCGAGCCCACAAACCAAUUUGGCUGCUGCUCAAGAAUUGGAAGAGGUCCGGAACGGCUCUCCAGCUUCUGUAAGACCUGGGAUUCGCAAGAAUUUCUCGUCAUCCAGCUUAAAGUCUUUGAAAACGCGCCAGUUCUCUGUCUCGCACAUCGACGAGUCUGAUCUCUCACCCAACACUCCUCUCACCCAAGUAAUGUCGAACAUCUCGGUCUCUCGCCAGCCCAUGCCUGCAUUGCCUACGCCGUUCGCUGCAGCCUUUCACGAGAGGAUGACAGGUGGCAUGGGCGGCAUGCACCUUUUCGACUCGGAUUUCCAUGAGCCCGAUUCGCAAUCUCCAAACCAGGUUUAUAAUCAUCAUCACAACCCUAAUCCCGACGUGCCCUUUCCUUUAGAGCCGUGUCCCUCCGAUGCCAUGCUUCGACCUUUCUGGCUCAUGCGCGCGUUAUACCAGACUCUGGCCCACCCUCGUGGUGGAUAUCUUAGCAACCGGCUGUUUGUUCCCCGAGAUGCAUGGAAGGUCAAGGGCGUAAAAUUACGUGUCGUGGAAGAUAAAAUUGCCCAGUGUGAUCUUCUAACUGCUGCGCUUCUCAAACUCGCAAGGGUGGAUAGCAACGAUGCAGAUGCAGUUCUGGAGGAAAUGCAGAGUUUCGAGAAUAUUCUUGAGCAGGCCCAAACUGCUCUGACGCGAAAACUUGGCAACGAGGUUGGCAGCGUGGGCAUGAAUGCAAUGCGGGAUGAGAAGGACGUCGAAAUCGUACCCCCUGUUCCACGCAGUGCUAGUGUCAGCGUAAAGGGGGGAGCGUUUAGCUGGCGAAGACUAAGGAACAAGAACUCGGCCGCCAACAUGACCAGCGCAUACGGGGCGAAAACCAGUAGUGGUGGAGCAACCAACCCUACUAUAAAUGAAAGAGAUACGACGAGCUCAAUAGGUUCUGGCUCUAUACCGAGUCUACCUAUGACCAUUCAUCCAAGCAGUAAACCUGCGAAAAGAGACGUUGCGUCAGCUACUUUCGACGGACCGCAUAGUCACUAUAUGGCGAGCCUAGCGCGGCUAUUUGAUGCUGCGCAGACGGUUGAUCAAAUCGCGCGCCAAGUCGACGACCCCGGCCUCCGUCAUGCUGACAAGACUCAAGUCGGGCUCGAGCUAUGUACCAGGCAUGCGGCUGAAUUCUUCGCCUUCUUUGUUUGUCGGUUUGCACUUGCUGAUUUAGCAAUGCUCCUUGAUAAAUUCGUUAAGAGGGGAAGCGAAUGGGUUUUAAACUGA